AUGGAAGAAGCCGCGACGACGCCUUCCAAGUUCCAACCCCCAGGCCCGGACAAGCCGACGCGCCCGAUGGUUUGGCCCGGUGGUUUCGUCCCAAAUUCCCAGCCAUCUCCUCGCUCGCUUUCGGCCGCCAUACUAGUCAGCUUCGGGCGGCGGCUACUUGCUCCCCCACACGGCGCGGCCGUGCGGGUCCAACCAGCACACGACACACACGGCCCGUCCGUGCACCCGAAGCGCCAGCCCCCAACCCGACCUGACCAUCCUACCCCUCCUCCGCCCCGCACCCACGCAACGCGGCUAUGCACGGCCACGACGCACGUACCCCAACGUCCCUCUGGAUCCAGCCCAGUUGACCCUUCCGCCUCCCGCGGCCACGGGCACGUUUCUUCCGUGGACGGGGAGGGAGAGCCCAAACGGGCGUCCUUUACCGGCCCGCACCACAGCCGUCGCUUUUCGGGGGCGGCCACUGACCUGACCGAAACGGAGGGCAGCGUCGCCCAUUUACGCGAGCCCCCGGGUGACGCAAGGCCAAAACCGGAAAUCCCAACCCAGGACGCGGAGGGGGAGACGGCAGCUGGGCAGGUCGUUAUCGCCUCCUCCAGGGAGCGCGUCCCCGUCUCUCUCCCGCCCGAGCCCCCGAUAAAAAGGGCCCCCAUCUCCCCUCCAUUCCACACCCACGCCCAUCCAAUUCUCCUCUCCUCGACCUCCCGAUCUCUCCCAGACCACCCACCUCCCGGCCGCCGCCGAGGACGCCCGGACCUCCCGGCCGGCAGCAAACCAACCAGCCACCUCGUGCGUGUUUGA